CUGGAACCUGGUCGCUUGAUGGUUUGGUUUGCAGAAUUAACUUUCUAAUCUCUGGGAGCAAUCCACAUCGGAGAAGAAGCAAAAGGAGUGGAAUAAGAACAUCCCGAAUUGUGACACAAACCAAGGCAAUGUCAUCACUGUUGAAGGAGGAUCUCAACAAGAAGCUAUUCCGAACUCUAGGUCAAAACUUAUAUGGGUUCAUCGAAAUUGAGUGUUCAGGCCAGGAUCGGUUUUAUCUCUGUGCUUCAGUGUCAAAAGGUGAAGAAGUACAAAUAUCGGUGGUAAAACACUACAGAACUGGCCUUGAUGAGAACUAUGAAAUAUCUGAAAAAUGGCUUCUAAAUGAUUUGGAGAUGAUAGAUGGAAAGGAGGCUGAUUCUGAUAAUCCAUGGUUUGAUAUGCAUUUCAAGCAAGUUUACACUUGGGAAGCUUACAGCUGUGCAUCUAAAUACGCCUUUGCGAGAAUAUUAAACCAGCUGAAUGAGAUGUACCUGCAAAAGGAUCUGAAGAUUGUGAACUUUGAUUUUACCUACAUUAACGACGCAGCACUCUGGUCAUCAAAUAAUGGGGAUUGCUUAGUACUUAUGAGAAUCUGCUUUUAUGCAUUCAAUCUUGUGUGUCUAUCUCUGUGUCCCCUGCCAGGUUGACUGUUGUAGCUACAUCCAGAUUUGAAUACGGCUACUGAAAAGCUAGAUAUUCAGUACUA